UAUCAAGCGACGUCCGCAGGCCCAGCGUCGACGGAGAAUUUAUGCGAUCCGUGGGGUUGGAGCGGAAGAAAGGGAUCCGGAUUGGCGAGGAGAACGAAGGCUAGCAACGCAACCAGAGAAAAGAAGAAAAAGGGGGGCAAGGGAUGGACGUGGUGAAGGCGCAGCAGAUAUCGGGGCGGGCGAUCGAGAAGGUGAUCGUGCACCCGCUCGUCCUGCUGAGCAUCGUCGACAACUACAACCGGGUGGCUCGCGACACCCGCAAGCGCGUCAUCGGCGUCCUUCUCGGCUCCUCUUUCCGUGGCACCGUCGACGUCACCAACAGCUACGCUGUGCCUUUUGAAGAAGAUGACAAAGACCCAAGCAUCUGGUUUCUUGACCAUAACUACCAUGAAUCAAUGUUUGCAAUGUUCAAAAGGAUUAAUGCAAGGGAACAUGUUGUUGGUUGGUACAGCACAGGCCCAAAACUACGGGAAAAUGAUUUGGAUAUUCAUGCGUUGUUCAACGAUUAUGUUCCCAAUCCUGUAUUGGUGAUUAUUGAUGUCCAACCUAAAGAGCUGGGAAUACCUACCAAAGCAUACUAUGCUGUUGAAGAGGUGAAAGAGAAUGCCACUCAGAAAAGUCAGAAGGUGUUUGUGCAUGUGCCUUCAGAAAUUGCUGCUCAUGAAGUUGAGGAAAUUGGAGUUGAACACUUAUUGAGGGAUGUGAAGGAUACAACCAUCAGCACUCUUGCAACAGAGGUUACUGGCAAACUUGCAGCUUUGAAGGGGCUGGAUGCAAGACUCCGCGAGAUUCGUGGUUAUCUAGAUCUUGUAAUUGAUGGAAAACUUCCACUAAAUCAUGAAAUUUUGUACCAUUUGCAGGAUGUAUUCAAUCUACUUCCAAACCUUAAUGUUAAUGAAUUAAUCAAGGCAUUUGCAGUAAAAACAAAUGAUAUGAUGCUGGUUAUAUACCUUUCUUCCCUCAUCCGGAGUGUCAUCGCACUUCACAACUUGAUAAACAACAAAAUGCUGAACAAGGAACAUGAGAAAGCCGAAGACUCCAAGCCCACUGUUGUACCGAGUGCAGCAGGAAGCUAGAAAUCAUCUACUGGUGUCGUGCUGUGGAUGGGUUGAGACGGUGUUUACGGACAAGCUCGUAGCUUUAUAUUUUGUGUACUGUUGUUGCACAGAGAUGGUGUAAUGUCUAACGUCUUUAUUGGUUUCAUUUGUUUUAGUAUUAGACUAAGAGAUUUUUUUUGGAUAAAGUUUUAUAUUUUAGUGCUUGAUCAUUUUACAAAUUUUAACUUUGAUCCUCUAAAGCUAUCUGUCUGCCACCAUAA